UUUCAUCAUUCAUUUUUUUUUGGACAUGAAGUAAUUUGCAUAAGGUGUGACAGGGGAGUAUAGAACAUACUGUAGAAGUGAAGUGCAAUAAAUUAGUAUCCUACUCACCUUCUCUAGCAACAUUCAUUGCCCUCUCUGUCAAAGCAUCUGUAAUCUCUACACUCAUGAAGUAGAGUACUUCCCCUGUUCCACAUUUACACUCCAUCACACACAGAAGCAAAGAGUGAUGGAACCACCACAACAAUGCCUCCUCAUCCUCACUCUCAUCCUCCUCUCCACCACCACCUCCUCCACCACUCUAGACCCCAAACAACUCACAGCCCUCCAAUCACUCAACAUCCCCACCACCACAGACCCAUGCACCACCUCAACAUGCGACAACUCCUCCCCUUUCCGCCACCUCCUCACCCUCAACCUCUCCAACUGCCCUCCCCACCUCCAAAUCUCCAACACUGCCCUCAAAUCUCUCUCCUCCCUCACAUCUCUCUCGAUUCUCGACUGCCCAUCUCUCCCUCUCCCUCACUUCCCUCCCCAACUUUCCACAAAUCUCCAGUCCUUCUCAGCCAUCAACAGCCUCACCAAACUCUCCGGACUCUUCCUCAGCCACCUCACAAAUCUCACCUCUCUAACAAUAUCCAACACUACAAUCAACUCUACUCACCCCUCCAUCAUCCUCUACCCCAUGAAGUCUCUCAGCUUUCUCGCAAUCACACAAGCCAAACUCAACGGGCUUUUCCCCAAACAUUGGCACAUAAAUCUCACUCACAUUGAUUUAUCACACAAUAGUCUUUUUGGGAAAAUCCCAACUUCCUUGACCCGACUCGAAAAUUUACAAAUUUUGAAUCUUUCUUCCAAUGGGAUCACCGGAACCAUACCUGAUUCAAUAGGAGACUUGCUAGCUCUUCAAACCUUGUCAUUGUCGUUAAAUUCGCUUUCGGGUUCAGUCCCGGAGACAAUUUUAGCAAUGCCUGAACUUGUGCACCUUGAUCUCGGCUCUAAUCAGCUCAAUGGGACAGUUCCCGCGUUUAUUUCAGAGAUGAGGAAUUUGAAGUACUUGAAUCUUGAGUAUAACAAGUUUCACGGAGUAAUGCCGUUUAAUGAGUCCACUCUUAAGAGAUUCGAGGUGUUUAAAAUAGGCGGGAACAAUAAUCUUUGUUACAAUCAAACGACAAUUUCUUCCAAAUUUAAGCUGGGGAUUUCCCCUUGUGACAAAUAUGGAUUGCCAAUCCCACCACCACCGGCUAAAGAUUCCCUUAGUGAUGGCAGUACUAGUAGACGGAGCUCGGCCGAUGAUGAUGACGACGACGAUGACGGUGAUGUGAAAUCUGAUCCGGACAUGAAUCACAAGGGUCCAAGUAAGGUUGUCCUUGGUGUUGCCAUUGGCCUCUCAUCUAUAGUUUUUCUCAUUGUUUUCUUAGUUCUUCUUUCUAAAUGGUGUGGAUAAUUUGUGCAUUUUUGCCUCAUUUAUUUAGGAAAAAUUCAUAUAAAAUACAUAAAAAUGAAUUUAUAGAACAUUCAUCUGAGGAAGACCAGUUGCAUUGGCAUGUCAUGCUUUGCGAGAUUUAUAAAAAUUACUUAUUACUGUAUUUGCUAAAUCAUGGGUUCAACCUAAAGAGGUCUUUUUUGUUAAGGAAGCUGGAGCUUUUGGCUUAGAGAACUUUGUUAUUAUUUGUGGCAUUUGAGUAGAAAGCUCUGUUUACUACUUGCCCUGUGGGGUUUAGUGCCUGUUUGGGGUUGUGGUUCCAAACCACAACAGCAGCUUUUUCUCAAACCGCUAUAAAAAAGUGUUUGGUAAAAUCUGAAAGAGUUUUUUCUAACCACAAUUUUUGUCCAAAAGCAGCUUUUACAGAAAGCUGGUGUACCCCUGCUUUUACAAAAGCAGCUGUUGCGCGCAGUUGUUACAGGCCCCAACAUCAAACCCUGACACAAACAACUAUUUUUUAUAAAAUAUAUUGUAGCCCUUAAAACAAAAUAACAAAACACAUAUAUAACACAUGUUUUAUUAUAUUCUGGGAUUAUUGUUGGUACACAUGAUGGUUGUUGAAUUUUUUCUAAUAAAAAUUUAAAUGAAAAUAUUUGAAAUAAAUAUUGUUUAAAUGAAUUUUAAAGUUAUAUCUUUUUGGUGUUAUUAAAUUUUGUCCAAAAAAAUUUCAUUAUAAUAUAGAGACAGAAAUUAAAUUUAUUGAGUAAUAUAUAUUAAUAGAAGAAAAAAAUUAUAUAUUUAUAUAUAAAAUAAACGUAAGUAGUAUAUUUGGUAAAUGUUAUAGAUUUUUAUAUAAUUUUUAAAUGAAUAUAAGAAUUAAUAUUGGUGUUCCAAAUAAAAUAGAAGUAAUCUAAAUCACAUAAAAAAAUAUUGUAUGUUACUAAUAAGGAAUUGCUUUUUUUUAUAUUUGUGUGUAAAAUAUAAAUGAUGCGUUACUGUUGAAAAUCUUACAGAAAUUAUGUAGUUUUGUAAAUAGAAUAUCGUAAUUUUAUAAAAAGCCAUAAAUUUAAUUGGUUAUACCAAUAUGAUUUUCUAUUUUAAAUAUGAUUUUUAUAUCAUUACUUAAAAUUAUAUAUAUUAAUAGCAUAUUUUUUUAAAAAAAAACCUCAUACAUCAUACAAAAUAAUCAAUUAAAUUUUAAAGAAAACAGUAUUUUAUAGUUUUACAGCUGUCAAUAGAACCCCAAAACAUGUUAAUAAAAUAUUAUUUUAUUUAUAAUUAUAACUCUAAACAGCAGUUUAACAAAAAAUUUACCAAACAAUUUGUUUUCAGCUUUUACUCAAACAGCACAUUUGAAAUCAAGUUUACCAAACAGUCUCCGCUUUUGUAAACAGCACUUUUGUAAACCGCACUUUUACUCACAGCAACAACAAUUUUCAACAGCAAUCCCAAACAGACCCUUAGUGGCCUGUGGGAGUGUGGGGUGGGAUGAUUAGGCCUUGAGGGAAAAGUAAAUAUGUUAUGAAUUAUGGUGAUGUUGUAGUGAAUGUAUGAUUUCUUUAUAUGGAAGAUUUUGCUUUUUCA